AUAUGACAUUACGGUGGUGAAAUAGCGAUUUAAUGUUAAUCUAGUGUUAGGUACCGAUCAGUGAAGAUUUGAGGGUUGAAGUUCACACGUUAAUUGUCAGAUGUGGCCUUACAGGUUGUGACGACACGUGAUCUUGUAUGUGGUUGCCAUCGUUUUGGAGGAAUGUAUCACCUCUAACUUCUACUCGGAACAUGGACGUGAUAUGUUCCUUUGAAACAUUGACAACCACCCACAAGACUGCACUUCAUAAAUCCGAGGACCACAAUCGAGAUUACACUAAUCGUGCUUUGGUUUAUUGAAUGUCUUUGGUUUUUGUAACAAACACCAUGGAGUAAAGUUCUUGAUAUCUAAGCUGUACAGAAAGGAUGAGAGGGGAAAUUCUUAUCAGUGACUGGUACACCCACUGACAAAACAUGUUAUUGUGUCUAAAAUUCCGGUAGUUUUAUAAUGAAAUGAAAAACUAAAAAUACACACUUGCCAGCAAAAAAACAGUUUCUUUUACUCUGUACCUGAAACACCAACAUUUGCAACAUGAUGUACUUCUCAGCCAGAAAUCCCUUUUAUUGCCGGAAUCAGUAUCAGGAUCUUCCCUGACCUACUUGAUUACAAUUUGUUUUAUUUCCUUCUCCAAAUGAUGAUCCCUUGUCCAAUAAUCAUUUUAGAUUUUUCCCCCAUGUUGAAUUGCUCUUUUCCAGUUUUCCACAUUUGUAUUUUUGAUAGCUUGUACCAUAAUGUUUUGAAUAUCAGUUGUACUUUGUCUAAUUUUUUUUUGAGUUAUUUUGGUUGUUAGAAAACACAAUUGCAUUUAGGGGUUUCAUAACCGUGUUCUUGAGAAAUGGAAAGUAUGACAAAGAUCAGUAUCAUGGCUGGUGAUGGUGAACAAAAUAGUGACCAAUGUGUACUGAAAACUAUUGUGGGUCAUCUGACAGCUUUCAGUCAUGUGUUUAGAUCAGACCCAAAAGUUGCAUUUAUGGAGUUCAUGUAUGCUAACAAGCAAGUAUGCCAUGUGGCUUUAAGGCAGGAUCUUGCUACCUACAAGAAUGUGGCAAUGGGAAAGUUGUAUCAGGUCACACAUCUUCAUCCAAGAAGGAUGCUGUACAGAGAUGGUGAAGCUGUCCGACUUUUGGAAGCAACGCGUGAAACGAGUUUCAUACUUUCAGCUGAUAAUGAAGAAAUGGUAUUAGAGCCUAGUUUAAACACAUGUAAUUAUGAGGGUAAAGUUGUUGAACCAUGUUCUUCACUGGGAAUUUACCGACUCCAUGACAACAAUCGACUUUGUCUCGGUUUCCUGUUGACAUUUGCUGAUGUUCCUCUUCCAAGUGUUGGCCAGACUGUAUCUGUGUACAAUUGCCAUUUGUGGAGAAAUAAAUCUAAUGACAGAUAUGAUGUUGUUCUCUGUGGGAGAAGCAGUAUUGUUUUACAUGGUGAGAGCGACAAGACACUGAACAGUGAAACAAGUAAUUUUAUAAACAUAAACUUGAACUGCUCCUAUCUGAAUCUCUUAUGGGUAGAGAAGCAGCUGGGACACUUUGAAGAAAAGUUCAGUGAUCCUUUCCUCACUGAAAAUGGCAUAGUGUGCAAAUCAGCACGUGAAUUACAAGAAGGUAUGCUGAUAAAAACAGUGGAUGUUUAUUAUCCAGUUAAGAAAGAGGACAUCAAAGAGAGAUAUAUUACUAGAGAAUUUCUAUUUUCUCCACACCAAUGCAUUUUUUCCAAACCACUUUCUUUCACUGGAGCGUACUUAACAUUUCAUGACUUGUGGAGACAGGCAACUAGUAGAUAUAAUCUAGUGUCAUCAAAGGUCUGGAACUACCAUCUUUUCCAUUAUACAGAUGGACUUGUUGGUUUGUUGUCAACAAACCUCAUCAGUGGCUGUUGGACACUCAGUGAUGCAACAAAAGGUUUCCUUUGUGUAGUUACUGGUGAUAUGGAGAACUUGAUGAUGCUUCAUGGUGCUGUAGUGCUUCUGAUUAAAUGUACUAUUGUGACAGAAGUAUUUAAGGAUACAAACUUUGUGUAUAUUUACUUUACUGCGACAGAUGCACGAAUUAUACAUACUUUUGAUUCCAGGGCUGGAAAUGAUUGCAGGUUAAUGAAGAAGAAGAAGAGGAAGGAUAGUGUCAUGACAUGUCAUUCUGACGGGUAUGUAAAUGACAGUGAAAAAGCCUCAACUUCUGAUAUAAUUCAUGCAAGAGAAGGGACCAAGAAUAAACAGAGGUCAGGACAAUUUGAUGUAGAAAAUAUUGUGGGAUACAAUUUAGUGACUAAGGAAACAGUAGUGCCAUCUAAGUACACAUGGUUGAUUGUGGUGCAUCAUAAGACAGCAGCAGUAAAACCCUCUCAGUGUGCACUUCCAAUGUGCUGUCUGCUUGUCAGUUUGAUUGGAAGGAUUCAUGAGGUAAGUUCUUUGUCCUUUUUUUAAUAUAAUUACAUUGAAUAUAAAUGCUUUACUGUCAUGCAUUAUUGAAAACAGUUUAUCAUACACACAGACAUCUUUAUUACAUUCAGUGAAUCCAAUUAGCCAGAUGGUAAUAGGAUAUGGGAUAAGUCAUAAUAAUACAGUAUAUAUAUGCAGGUAAAUUCAUGCUGUUAAAAAGAUUUCACAUAAUAUAAGCAAAGAAUUCAAAUAAAGUAGUCAUACAUUCCAAAUAAAUCCACCCAUUACACACAGUAGGUAAAUUAUACUACCCAUUUAUAUAGAGAAUACAACCUUGAACAUUAUGACUUAUUUGGAAACAUUCUGAUUUCAUCAACAGAGAAAAAGGAGUGUGUGAUUCAAGUAUCUUAUUGCUAUUUAAAAUCAAACUGAAAAAUUUCUAUGAAUGUGUGGAUGCAACUGCUUUGUUA